GAGUCAAGUAAGCCAACGUCUGAAUUCGUUGACGUCUACGAUCAGAUAACUGAAGAAUUUUUAUGGCUCCCGAUAAUUUAUACUCGAUCAUACCUGUUUAUGUCAAUAUGCACGAGGAUGUGUGAUGAUAAUAGUGUAUGUAUAAGUACAUUCAAAAAGACAACUACAAGAUAUUUCAUUGAUCAGGGUUGGGAUAGGUUGAAACUAACUGAGCAUGCAACAAGGAAACCACCAACUGGUCCCAAACCACGCCAACCCAUUCACAAAAUAGACUCACAGUCAAUUACAACAUAUACAAUGACCGGAUCGACCAAACGAAAUAAAACUCGAAGACCUGCUGCAAAGAUAACAAAAGAUAAUUAUAUGGGCACAAAGUAUUCCCUGUCAGGAGGAAGGCAUUCUAAGAGUUAUUCCAAAAGUAUAGAUGAUCAUUCAAUAACGAGUGACGAGGACCAGAAGGAUACUUCAUCAGGAUCGUCUUCUCCACAACACGAGCGCUCAGUUUCCACAUAUCAAGGCUCUGACUGUUCUACUUUCUCAGAGAAUGACUUUUCCCAAUUAGAAGUGGCUCAAGCAGUAAUCCAGGCUGAACACUGUGAACAAUCUUCCCGCCAGAAUCAAUCAUCCUUUAUUUGGUUAAUCAUAAUUGGGGUGGGAAUUGUUAUGUGCUGCUUUAUAACACAGAAUACAUGGUACACUAAAACUGGAAUCAAAGAAGUGUUUAAUGAGAUGAAAUUGAUAAAUGAUAUGGGUGCUUUGAGAAACGUUUUUCCAUCACAAAAUGACCAUGUAUGGACAGAAUUAAUUACUGGCAUCAAAGACGUUGCUGAUGGAACAAAUAAGCCUGCCAUAUUUCUCUUAUUGUCUAUUCAUGAUGAAACGACCAAUUGCCUAGCUAGAAAAGUGGCCAAGAUAGCCAGAUCUGCUCUCAAAGGUAAAGGUGAAUUGAUACUGACGCCUGAAAAGUUGGAGAACAACAGUAGUAGAGUCCUUGCAUACAAAGAAGAGAUCACACAAAGCAAAAUUGUGAUUAUCUCAGAUAUAUUGAGUAUUCAACCAGAAGCAUUGAAGGCAUUUCAUGAUAUAUUGGACCAUCACAACCCAGUAGUCGAUGAAGCCAUGUAUCUGAUUACCAUGCAGUCCAAACUAUAUGACAUGGACAGACUAGAUAAUAAUGUUGCAGAAUAUGCUGAACGACAAUUCAGAGAUAAAUUUUCAAAACUUAUAUUGGAAGAUAAAUUAGAACCUUUAAUUGUCAGAAUUACAGCUGGUGGAAUUUUACCCAUCAGAGAAGAAAAAACUUUUCCGUGUACAUAAGGUGCGUGGACAUGCGAGGUCACGGAUUUUGUAUACCCUAUAUUCUGGUUAGAAAACGAAUGAGGUUCAGACAUAAGUUGUAUAUUAUUUAAAUUUCCCAUCUUUGCUCGUAAAAAUCAGGCUCAUAUGAUUUUUGCAGCUGGAGUAUUUUCAAUUUGAGUCAGCGACUGUGUGACAAUUCUGUAACAGGAAUAUGCUGAUCAGAAUCAAUGAAUUGUAAAGUAUUGUUUUAGUGGUAUUGAUAGAAUUUUGCAUACUUCGAGGUAUAGGGAAUGAAUUGAUAAUUAAAUAUAACUCUUACUCGUCGUAAUAAGCACAAACCCUACACAGUUGUACUUGAUAUUUGGUGCACUUUCACUAAAAUAAAAAAUCAGUGAUUUUUACCUAUUGUAUGCUGUACACGAUUAUUUUAACUUUUUUUUAUUUAUGCCAAAUGAUCAUACACAGAAAACACAAUGCUACAAACCAAUUAAUCUCUGGAUUCAAGUACACCAGGAGAAAACCACCCUUAAUUUUGAUUUGUGUUUGUUCAUCAGGGUAUAAUGCUGUCAAGUCUAACAGGGAACUAUUUAUGUAAUUAACUUAAUUUUUCAUCUUAAUAACUCAGAACGAACAAUACAAGGCCGAUUUCUACUUCGUAGUUCGGUCUUUUUCACGUCUAGAUUUCGGUAUAAGGAAUAGUAAAGUAAAUAAGGUCAAAAUAACG